AUGAAAUUUCUUGACCUUGUCGAGAACCUCCUCAAGAAACACGAUAUCGCCUUUCGACGCGUCGACGGCUCGAGAUCAAAGAACGACAGGAGGGCUUCGCUGUACGACUUUCGAACGAAAGAUGUGCCGGUGCUCUUGAUGACAUUCAGAACGGGAUCGAUGGGGCUCAACGACCUGAACAUGGCGCGCCGCGUCCAAAUCCUCGAACAGCAAUGGAACCCGUCUGUCGAGAACCAAGCUAUCGGUCGCGUGUCGCGGUUCGGCCAGACGAGAGAGAUGACGGUGAUUCGAUAUGUGAUGAAGAAGAGUAUCGAAGAGCAACCACCGACCUCCCAACCGUCAUUCCUCCCCACCGACUUCCCCGGAUUUUCCUUCAGCGGAGCAGCAGUUAGAAAGCGGGCCGCGCACGAUUUCCGAUUUCCCCAGACGCCAAGUCACAUCGACCCCGCAGCUUUCGCGAUGCAUGACAAGGAUCAGUGGAGGAUUGCCGAGGCUCUAGGACAUUGGCAGGAGGGAGGGGUUUGA